AAUUGCCAGGCGUUGCGUUUGCGUAAUCGACAAUUGUUUCUCGAGAAUUCGUCGUGUCGAUGGGGUCUCGCUGACCUCAUCAUCCAGGUACGAGGGGACGUAUGUACUGUGUCGUCGUUAGGCGGUUUUCCCGAUAAUUAUUCGACAUGACUCUACGACCUCGCGAAUGAUCGCGUUCCCGUUCGGCGAUCGAGGUCAACGCGUAGCCGCGAAGCUCUCUCGCGUCGUGUGAUAUGGCAGCGUUGUUGCGUUGCGCAGAAGUGCGACAGCAGUGACAGCUGACCCUAAUGUGACGAUCUGGGGACUCGCGUCCUCGCGUACAUCUGUACUGACUUUGCACCCACGAGCCCCACAUAACGCACUUAGACGCGCUGGAUCGUACGGAGGCGACAGAGUUUUCUAGAGGGCUGUACUGGAGCAGUUGCUCUGUAUUUAGCGAUCAUGGAACAGGUGAUCGCGCUGAGUACACAAAAUCCAUUGUCCUUAUUGGUUAAAUUUGGUAUGAUGGCUUGGAACAACAGCUGCGGGAACGACAACUGCUCCGGCCAUGGGGAAUGCCACAACGGGACCUGUCUGUGCGAGAUUCAAUUCGACGGGCCGGAAUGUCAUAUCCCGAAUCUAAGUUACUACAUCGCCUUCGCCACGAUUUUUUUCGUACUGGCUCUCGUCUGUUUGAUACAGCUUGUCAUGUGCAUCGUCGCCGAGUGGCAGCGAAUGAAGGCGCCGUCAUUUCUGCGAGCGUGCAGGGUCACUAAUCAAAAAGUGUUGUACUUUGUGGUUUUCCUCGCGUCGAUGAUACGAGGGGCAUACUUUACCUCGCCGACUGCUUUCAAGGAGGGUUGGUCCAGGAGUUUGCUGUCGGCAUAUUAUCCAUUGCUCUUGAGUGGAUCAUCGUUGAUCGUUUGUUUCUGGGCCGAAGUGGUUCAUCUAAGGGAUAUUCGCUGGGACAAACCUCAAUUUUUGUCAAAAUCUUUUCUGGCCUUUGUUGUCUUCAACAUAAUAACAUAUUCCCUCUUGCUGGCGGAAUUUAUCACGGCCAAGACUUAUUCGCAAGUAGAUCAAAGUUUUUAUACCCAUGUAUUCAACGGUUGUUAUGCAGUGCUUCUGUUCAUCGUAGUGGUCUUCUUCUUGAUAUAUGGAGUGGAAGUAUUUUUCAAAGUCCGCGGUGGAUUCCUAAAUGAAUAUCACGUUGCUUCCAUUGCAACAAACAAACGUGUAGCUGAUACAACGAAAGUCCACGCUGAGGAGCAAGUAACGGCGAAGUUGUUCGAUCCAGGUCCAUCCACGUCCACAGCGGAUCCCGUGCACAUGCAACAAGUGAAUACGUCCCAGUUACAUCAGUCAAGAUUUGGACUACUCUCUCAAGCAUUCAUGCUGUUUAUCGUAGUUGGUUUUCUGUUCAGCGAGACCCUCAGCGAAUUUUGGAAAACAAAGGUGCCGUUGUACAGCAGGAAUUGGCAUGACGUUGUAUUUCGUGUUAUCGAAGUUGGCGUAGCGCUGUGGUUCCCUUGCGUUUUAUGGAAUUGUAUGAGUCCAGAGCAAUUAUGGAUCCUAAAUCCAAAGCGUAUAUUGAAGAGACUGGAUCUCGACCAAGGGAAGCACAUAAAGGAAAUUGAAUUGCAAGAAAAGGGCGCGUCUCAAGACACCGCGUUUCUCUCUACGGACACGACAUCAAUUAAUAACAAGGAUUGUUGGAUUUGCUACGAUAGCGAGAGGCAGGAUGCUGGUCCAUUGAUACAACCGUGCCAUUGUAGAGGCGAUGUUAGUGCCGUACAUCACGAUUGUUUGCGUCGUUGGCUCGUUGAGAGUUCUCUAAAUGCCGACAGUCUGGUUUGUAAAGUGUGCAAUACGAAGUAUAAUGUUGAACAUGCCAGCCGAUUGGAUUGGCAAAACAGUUUGACCCCGCGUCAUUGUCUACAAACUAUUGCUAUUGUUACCACGAUGUGCGCGUCUUCUGCCGCCGCUUGGAUAGUUAUCCAACUCGUGGAAGGGCCCAUCAUCAGAAUGCUCGCAGCCGGAACUGCAUUACUGAUUAUGUACGUUUGCAUAAGAUUCUUGAGCUUGAAUACCGUCGUAGCGUAUCAACGGGCCAAAAUCUCGUCGUUAAAUAUUGUUAACAGUGAUAGCGAGAGUAGUAUCAAUAGUGGGACCGCACACGUCGCUACAAUUAGUCAUACGAUUUCGGUGGACCUGACGAAAUCGGACACGGCUACGAUAUAAAUCUAUACUUGCCAUUGUGUUGCGAACACAAAUAUCUUCCUAUUUGAAGUAGAAAGAUUCAAAAUAGGAAAAAUAGGUAAUAGAAUAAUGUGGAUGUGUACGCUCUUCGAGCGUAUGUAAUGUACAAAGCGACGAUGAUUGAGAUACAGUAUGUUUCCACUCGGAGUUCUUAUGUGCUUUUUAUAAAGUAACGAAGUUAUUUUAUAGAGCACGAAAUGAGAAGUCUGAGACGAGAUAUACUGUAUCUAUAUUUUCACGAUAGGUUUAGAACAGUUGCCAAACUUCCAUAUUUUACUUCUUCUGAGUAUGUCAUUGUAUGACAUUCAUAUAUUCAUGUUUUCAUUAUAGAUACCCGUUAUAUCGUACAUAACUUAUGUAUAAUUUAUAUGUUUACAAGGUAUCGCAGAACGAACGAGACGUGUUGUAAUUUCAGUUACUUCGUUCUGUUGGAGACCGCGUUAAUAAUACAUUGUAUUUCAUACCUACGUAUAAUCAGUAAAAAAUUUGAAAUCAAGUGUUUCAAAAUUGCUGUGAGAAUUGGGUUAUAAAAAGUAUAUCAGUAGUAUAAAUAAUCGCUAUUUAAAAAUAUAAUACAGUUUUCAAACAUAGAUACGAACAUAAUGUCAUUGGUGCAAUUUAUCGAUUAGUAAUAAAUGCUAAUACUUGCUAGUAAAUUAUUAAACGUAAUUACAAAAUUACGUUAAUUUAAUAAUUUACUGGCAAGUAUUGAAUAUUUAAAAAAAAUAUGUAGGAGUAUUGUCCUAAAUAUAGUAGUCACGUAUAAAUUAAGAUAAGAAAAUUAAGAUGUAGAAAAUAGAUUUUUCAGUAAUUGAAUGCCA